AUGGCGAACCCUGGACACCCACCUCUAUCCUACGGGCCAAAUACCGGCUCCGGCUCCACCCCUUUCCCUCAACGACGGUCCUCCUAUGCUGCUGUCGUGUCUGGCACCGCGAGUGCCGCAGCAGCACCAAGCUUCCAGCAGCCCGCCCGAGCCGGAGCCUUUUCACAUCUCUCCCACGCCAACAACCCGCCUGGGUAUACGCAACCGCACCUACCCGCAACCCACUCACGAACACAAUCAAGAACUAUGGAAGGGGACGGGCACAGCAACAUGUCCGAGUCGUGGGGCAAAGGCGGCUCGUUACCUUCAUACGCGAGCCAGUUCGGGCACAUAGGGAACGGCCACGGAGCCGCCGGAUCAGAAGCGCAAUACCCGCCGUUCUUCGUCCCCUCAUACCUGCGAGGCUCGCGGCAUGCUGAGAGGCUGGAAGAGGCGCACAACGCUAAGAUGGCAGCGCGGAGAGACGUACGAUCGACCCAGUCGUCGAAUGCGGGGUCACUGUCCACGAGUUCCAGCAGCAUGAAUCUGCACAAGAUGGGGCCGUCCCACCGAGGCAUAACGCACGAUGUUAUCGAGCGGGCGCCAGUGUUUGUCGAAGCGGCCACAGCACCAUUUCCCUCGCGGUGGAGUGAGAGCGAUAAGUUUGGGGGUUUGGACGUUCUGCAAGAUGGUAUGGAGGUACGGCUUGGUGGAUUGGGCAAGGUACACGAGGAAGCUGCUUCGGUGCGUGCGGAUCAUCCGAUGCCGAGGCAGUGCGGGAUAUACUACUACGAGGUCACGGUGGUCUCGAAGGGAAAGGAAGGACUCAUCGGUAUCGGCUUCUCCGGUCGAAGAGUUAGUCUGAAUAGGCUUCCCGGCUGGGAACCGGAAUCGUGGGCUUAUCAUGGCGAUGAUGGAUUCAGCUUCUGCUGUACAGCUUCAGGCAAGGCGUACGGGCCCAAGUUCUCGAGCCUGGACGUCAUAGGUUGUGGCGUUAACUUCCGGACCAACUGCGCUUUCUUUACUAAGAACGGUGUGAACCUAGGCAUUGCAUUUCGGGACAUCAAGAGCGAGCAUCUAUACCCUUCUGUUGGCAUGAAGAAGCCAGGAGAGCAUUUGCGGGUGAACUUCGGACAGUCUCCUUUUGUAUUCGAUAUCGAUGGUAUGGUCGAGAACGAGAGACUCCUCGUUCGGCAAGAAAUCAGCAAAGCAAGCGUAACAUCGCUACAACCGCGUCUAGACGAGGCCGCCCUCAUCCACGAGCUCAUCGCCCAAUAUCUCGCCCACGACGGCUACGUUGAGACCGCACGCGCUUUCACAGAAGAAGUCCGCGUUGAGUCGCUAGCCCUCGCAAACGGCAACACCGCCGCCGUGAAAGACCUGACCACCGAAGAAGACCUCGACGCAAUAAACCGGCAGAAAAUCCGCGCAGCGAUCCUCGACGGCGACAUCGACAAAGCCCUCAAGCACACCACGGCAUACUACCCUUCAGUCCUGCGAGACAACGAGAAUAUCUACUUCAAGCUCCGUUGCCGGAAAUUCAUUGAGAUGAUACGGAAGUGCAAUGAGCUGCAAUCGGGCUUCCACCAGAAAUCCGCAAAAGUCACAAACGGCCACAUGGCUAACGACUAUGAUGACGGCGUCUUCGACCACCAGAUGGAGCUCGACGACAGCGUGCCGGACAGCGGCACGUCUGACUGGGAGAGAAUGGACACGGAGGACGUCGACGUCAAUACCAGAUACAGCACGCUGCUGCAGGAAACGAUCCUCUAUGGCCAGGAGCUAAGGUCGGAGUUCAACAACGAUCCGAGACGCGAGGUCAAGAAGGCGCUCGAGGACACGUUUGCGCUGAUUGCGUACCCGGACGCGAGGGAGAGCAGUGUGGGGAGUCUGCUCGAGGUGAGGAGAAGGGUGCCGGUGGCGGAGGAGCUGAACAGUGCGAUACUCGUCUCCCUCGGCAAAUCCUCCUCCGCGGCACUGGAACGGCUGGUCCAGCAGUCAGAAGCUCUGGUCGACGAGCUGGGGGAGGACGGCGGCGCAGGGGCGUUUGUCAACGUCCGCAGGGAUUUCUUGCGGUAG